UUCUGCUCUGUACCACUGAAGUUUCAGGAAGUGACAGAUUCUUCAUCAUUACUAAACUUAUCUGGUUUUCUCAAAGUAGGCGUUACUUGAGUUCCUGUUUUGUUCAAUUCCAAAACCCUAAGAAAAAAAGAUUACUCAUUUAUUUGGUAUUUCUAAAAAUGGGGAUUUUUUCAAGAUAUUAUUGUUAUUACUUAGGGUUUGUAAGUUUGCUAUAUUUGUUUCAAAUUGGAACUGGGAAAUUUUUAGUUGAGAAAAAUAGUAUAACUGUUACUUCUCCGGAUAGUAUUAAAGGAAAUCAUGAUAGUGCUAUUGGUAAUUUUGGUUUACCACAAUAUGGUGGAAGUAUGGCUGGUACUGUUCUUUACCCUAAAGACAAUCAAAAAGCUUGUAGAGAAGAUUUUACUACUUCUUUCAAGACUAAACCUGGUUCUCUUCCUACAUUUCUCUUAGUUGAUCGAGGAGAUUGCCUUUUUGCUUUAAAAGUUUGGAAUGCGCAAAAAGCUGGAGCUUCCGCUGUGCUUGUUGCAGAUAAUGUUGAUGAACCAUUACUAACCAUGGAUUCACCUAAAGAGGAUGGUGCAUCUGCACAGUAUAUCGAGAACAUAACCAUUCCAUCCGCGCUCAUCACUAAAGAUUUUGGUGGAAAGCUGAAAAAAGCAAUAAGUAGUGGGGAAAUGGUCAACCUGAAUCUCGAUUGGAGGGAAGCUGUUCCGCACCCAGAUAAUCGAGUAGAGUAUGAAUUGUGGACCAAUAGCAAUGAUGAAUGUGGGGUGAAAUGUGAUAUGCUGAUGGAAUUUGUAAAGGAUUUCAAAGGCGCAGCACAAAUACUUGAGCGAGGGGGUUACACGCAAUUUACACCCCAUUAUAUAACUUGGUAUUGUCCUGAAGCAUUCACAAUAAGCAAACAGUGUAAAUCUCAGUGCAUAAAUAAGGGACGGUAUUGUGCACCUGAUCCUGAGCAGGAUUUCAGCCAAGGAUAUGAAGGGAAAGAUGUUGUUGUCGAAAAUUUAAGACAACUUUGUGUGUUCAAAGUGGCAAAUGAGAUCAGCAAGCCUUGGGUUUGGUGGGAUUAUGUCACCGAUUUUCAAAUAAGAUGUCCAAUGAAGCUGAAAAAAUAUAAUAAAGAAUGUGCUGAUACUGUUAUCAAGUCUCUAGGCCUUGACAUGAAAAAGAUUGAGAAGUGUAUGGGUGACCCAAAUGCUGAUGCUGAUAAUCCUGUUCUAAAAGAAGAACAAGAAGCCCAAGUUGGAAAAGGAACCAGAGGUGAUGUGACCAUACUGCCUACCCUUGUCGUUAACAAUCGACAAUAUCGAGGGAAAUUGGAUAAAGGAGCUGUUUUAAAAGCCAUUUGUUCCGGUUUUGAGGAAACUACUGAACCAGCGGUUUGCUUGAAUGCUGAUUUAGAGACAAAUGAGUGCUUGGAUAAUAAUGGUGGAUGUUGGCAGGAUAAGACAUUAAACGCCACUGCUUGCAAGGAUACAUUCCGCGGAAGAGUGUGUGAGUGUCCCCUUGUUCAAGGUGUGCAGUUUAAAGGAGAUGGUUACAGUUCCUGUGAAGCUAGUGGGCGUGGACGCUGCAAUAUAAACAAUGGGGGUUGCUGGCACGAAACUCGAGAUGGACAUACCUUUUCUGCGUGUCUGGAUAUAGAUGGUGUUAAAUGCCAGUGUCCAUCGGGAUUCAAAGGGGAUGGUGUCAAAAAUUGUGAAGAUAUUAAUGAAUGCAAAGAAAGGAGAGCUUGUCAGUGUCCCGACUGUCACUGCAAAAAUACAUGGGGCGGGUAUGAGUGCACUUGCAGUGAGGGCCUCUUGUACAUGAAGGAUCAUGACACCUGUAUAAGUAAGAGUGCUAGUGAAGCUAAGACGUCAUGGACUGCUGUGUGGGUCAUCUUGAUAGGCCUGGUUAUGGCUGCCGCUGGAGCAUAUCUUGUUUACAAAUACAGAAUACGGUCGUACAUGGACUCAGAGAUCAGAGCUAUAAUGGCACAGUACAUGCCACUGGACAGUCAGGUGGAGAUACCAAAUCAUGCUAGUGACGGCCGAGCGUAGAGAGAUGUAAAAACCCUUGGAACUGCUACCGUGGUUUGUAACAUAAACCCUUUUGUGUUCCAAGGAACUUUCCUUUUGUAUAACAUUAACGGAUAACAAAAUAAUAGUCUUCAAGAUUAGUGUACCCUGAAAGUUAAUAAAGAAAGGGACAAAGGAGAUAUACCAAGUUAGGGGGGUUGGUUCUCGUAAGGUUAAGUUAUUGUAGUUGUGGUUGUAGUUGUAGCUGUAACUGUAGGAAUCUUGUUUGCCAUGAGAACUUUCAAGAAUUGCCAAUGUAGUAAUCAGAAGAUCAAUUUGUAACACUCAUGUAUAUCUUUUGUAGGAAUAUAUUUAGGUUUCUCGAAACCUUCAAUUGAUCA